AUGCGUGGACAACUCGAACCGAACACGCACGAUAGCAAAUCGCGUUUCCCACCCGGCUACAGGGCAUCUCUCAAAGAAUUCGUCAUUAUGAAAUUGAUUACAUUAUUAUCGCUAUUAAUGGGCUAUUUUGCCGUCAUUAAUGCACGUGAUUUAAGGCAGCAGAUGGUAAAUUUACCUCCCGAUAUAUCAACAGAACCAUUUGGAUGUCUGAUGGGAGAUGGAACAUUCUGGCCAUCUGGUUCUUAUCGUAUAAUGGACUGUGUCUUAUGUCAAUGCAAAGGCACAUUGUUUGUGUGUAUUGAUAAGAUUUGUGAUCCAUCAGAACCCAUCUGCCCCAAUGGUGAUGAUUACUAUACAAGUACAUCAACAGAUGUUAAUUUCUGUACACUUCCACUGGAUGCACCAUUGGAUCUAACACAAGGGGAUUGCCCGGCUGAUUAUUUUUGCCAUCCUUUAGACCUCGGAUACAGUAUAUGCUGCCCAGCAACUUAUGAAAUAUGUCCGAACGGAGGUGAUCCUUAUGUAGAGGAUGGUGUUGGAACAGUGUUCUGUACAGGAGCUCUUCUGACAUCAGAAUACUACACAACGACAAUUAAACAUUGUCCCAGAGGAUAUGAAUGUACUCCGCUAGAUACGAGUGGUCUAUCGGUGUGCUGUCCUAUCAGAGGUCUAAAAGGGUGCCCCUGUCCCCAAAUUCCAAAAGAUACCUUUACAGUAUGUCUAAUAGACUGUGAAAAUUGUAUGAACCAUCCUCCUCACGAAAUUUGCUGCAUUGAUGAGAAGAUUUGUCCAGGUCACUGUGUUGGCUUCGGUAAUACUGUAGGUUACUGUAAAUAUGAUUGUGAAUACUUUAAGCCAGGAGAUACUAUAAAAGUGCCUCCAUGCACAGAAUGCCAGUGCACAGAUGGCAAUUGGAAUCCCUGCAUAACCGACCCAUCUUGCAAUUGUGUUACCCCACUAACGGAUGAUGCAGGUAAUCUAGUCGAAUGUACGCUAAACCAAAAGUGCCCCGAGAAUGGUUUCACUUGUAUCAAUGGAGUAUGCUGCAGCAAUGAGUGGGUUCCAUGUGAGAAUCCUUUGUUAAAUUCAACUGGAUUCCCGUACAAUUGCGUGUAUAAAGGGUGUCCAAGUGGGUAUUCUUGUGUUGCGAAUUCCGACAAUUAUGGAGUAUGUUGUCCAGACAAAUACCCAUGCUGCCUUGAGCCCGAAUCUGGACCGUGUGACGAUUAUAUUCCACGAUGGUAUCACGACUGUCGAGAUGACACGUGCAAAGAAUUUAUUUAUAGUGGAUGCGAUGCGAAUGAUAAUAAUUUCCUGACUAGAGCAGAUUGUGAGAAAACAUGCGGAGAAGGGUUUUGUGAGUUGGACUGUGAAUAUUACUCGCCAGGAGAUGUAGUGAAUGAAGACUGUGAAAUCUGUAUAAGUGUACUGGCAUUGUUCGCUGCCUUUCUAAUGUGCAAAUGUGGUGAAAUGCGGGGGAAUAUCAACAAUCUAUUCACCAAGGAGAAUAGCGGUCUUUUAAAAUCAGCGGAAUACACGACACGCAAUCUAUCGUUGCCGUCGACAACGACCUCGCAAGUUAUCGUCGGUCUUGGGGCGUUUGUUUCUACUCGCACCCAACGGGAUAUGUUAACCAAUUUGACUGCGAAGGCAUUCGGACAGUUGGACAAGAACAUCACGGGCAAGUCGACGUCAAUAACCAUAGAAGUAUCGGUGCCAGAGUUCGAUACUUCAAAUUAUUUCGAAAUCGCCCGCGUUAUAUGUGAAGAGCUUUUGCCUCACAACGCCCAGGGCUUGCUUGUGGCGAACGACGAGGAUUCUUUCGCCGAUAAUUACAUGAUGUCAAGAUACGUUGUCACUGCCGCAGUGACUGUAGGACUGCCGGUUAUCAGCCUUAACCCGGGCCUACCGCUUGAAACGUUGUUUGAAACCAAGACCGAGACACCGCCCACGCUAUUGCAACUGGCAGCAUCCAUCCAUCAGCAGUGUGCAGCCAUUUUGGAUUUUCUAGCUUAUCACGAGUGGUUUCAUUUUAACGUGAUCACCAGCAACGCACCAGGUCACGUGGACUUCCUCCACGAACUGGAGCUGCAGAUCAAGCAGCUGAAGAGCUACUAUUACCAGUGGCAGAUCGCCAAAUCGGUGGUCGUCGACGUUUCGGCGAAUGUGUAUCUUCCAAUGCAAGAACUGUCCUACAGCAAUACCUCCGUACAUAUUUUAUAUUCCACUAGAGAGGAGGCAAGGACUCUUUUCAAAUAUGCAAAAUCCUUCAACUACCUCGAUAAGGGAUACGUAUGGAUAGCCGCGGAACUGGCAAUGGGAAGCAUGGAGAGUCUGCGGAGAGCGCCCUCAGAGUUCCCACCUGGAUUAAUAGCAGUAAAAUUCCAAUCGCUAGCGUAUAAUUUCGAGGAAAGAACAGUCGACGCAGUUUCAUUAUACAAAGAAACAUUCGUUAAAUUUUCAAAAAGCAGGUCAUUUUCAUAUGACAGUAAAAAAAGAAACUGUAAUAAUCCAAACGUUAGCGAUACGGACUUCUAUGACAUUUUAAAAAAUAUUUCCGUGCCGGGGAGAAGCAGUUUUGCAUUUACAGACUCGGGAUUCGUCCAGAAUCCUCGAAUAAUUUUUGCUAGCCUCAAUGAAAAUCAUAUUUGGAAAAAGGUCGGAAUGUGGAAAAACGGUACUGUCGAUGUUGGAGAAAUUGAAUGGAUGGGUAAUCCUGAGCUUUCACCGACGGGGUUCACCCAUCGGAAACACCUCCGCAUCGUCACCAUAGUAGAGGAACCCUUCGUCACGAUAGUGCCUUAUGAACAAGUCAAUGUCACAUGCCAGGCUGGCAUUGCAUGUUCAAGACUGGAUGGAACAACGGGUGAGGUGAUUACGGAAUGCUGUUCCGGUUACUGUAUGGAUCUAUUGAAAAUGAUAAGUCGAGAUCUGGGUUUUACCUACGACAUCUACAUCGUUGAAGACAACCUAUACGGAGUAGUCUUCGAUAACGGUAGCUGGAACGGUAUCGUUAAAGAUCUGAUCGAGGGUAAGGCUGACGCCGCUGUGGCUGCAGUGAAGAUGUCGACAGAGCGAUACAAAGUCAUUGAUUUCUCUGUCCCAUUCAUGGACGUUGGUGUCGCUGUACUAGUACCGAAAUCGUCGGGCGUUGUGUUGCCGCACGCAUUUUUAGCUCCGUUUGACAUCGCUAUUUGGGUGAUCGUUCUUGUCGUUACGCUGAAUGUGGCCGCUGUAUCUGUCUUCGUUUUCGAGUUUGUCAGUCCGACUGGAUAUAACAGAAAGAUAGCGGGAUUAAAAGAAUCCAACUUCACCCUAGGGAGAGCCGUAUGGAUGACGUGGGGUAUUCUCUUCAACAACUCCGUGCCUGCCAAGGUACCGCGCAGUUACACGGGUAAAUUCAUGACCAAUAUGUGGGCAUCCUUCGCACUAGUUUUCGUUGCUAUGUACACUGGCAACCUGGCAGCGCACAUGAUUCACGAGGAAAGGCACGAGAAAAUCACCGGUAUUAACGAUACUAAGAUACAGCAUCCCGAUCUGAUAGACCCACCGUUCAAGUUCGGCACGGUGCAACAUACCAGCGUGGAGCGCCUAAUAAUGAAAACCUAUCCAGAAAUGUACAAAUAUAUGAAAGACUACGUGCAGCCAUCGGCGGUAGAUGCAGCGGCUGCACUGGAAGCAGGAAUCAUCGAUGCCUUUGUUUAUGACUCAGCAGUUUUAGAAAACUUGGAAGAUAAAGACCCUUCGUGCAAUCUUGUAAUGGUAGGCAAGGUUUACGGAUCAACUGGAUUUGCCGUGGCAUUCAGUCGAGGUUCGCCAUGGAAAGCGCAAUUCGACAAGACUUUGCUUCUCUACGAUGAUUUGGGUAUGCGUUUGUUUGUGCAAUAUGACGAUUAA